GUUAUGGUGAUAUGGUGGUGAUUGUGAUAAGUUGUUUUGUUUUAGAGUGACUAAUUAAUAGUAGUUUUUAAAUUGGUUUAAAUCCUAAACAAAAAUUGCAAUGUGCUGGAGUUAAGUCUGACAGUUUUAAAAUGUCCACCAAAGAGGAAGAUGAGGUGAUAUGCCAAACGUUUAUGAUUAAAAGAUCUCAAAACAAGAAACUUUUUACCCCGGUCAAUUAUCGGAAAAGGUUCUUGGUUCUUACAAAGAAAGCUCUUAUUUAUUAUGACUCUGAUAAUCAGAGGCGGAAAGAACGCGGUCGCAUUCCUACGGGUACCAUUCAUACCGUGGAGCUCGCUCAGUUGGGCGAACUCAGCAAACAAAUACCAGACGAGGAAGGCGACAAAAGUCCCUUGUAUAGGUACCCUUUUCAGGUAUCGUAUACGGAGAACAACACAGAUUACACACUAUACCUAGUCGCCGGCGACCACAGUGAGAGACUGCGUUGGAUCCACGCUAUAAGAACUGUGUGCGUGUCGAAUUCCCGCCGCGCGCGCUACCACCCGGCGACGUGGUGCGCGCGUCGCUGGGGCUGCUGUCAGGACGAGCGGCGCUCGGCGCCCGGCUGCUCCCUUACCACCUUCUGGCCACUGCCCGAGCCUCCCGAGCCGCCCGACACGCGUAACGACCUCAUACUACCACUCAACGAUUCCACACCGGUGACUGCUGCGGUCACGAUGCCAGGGGGAGGCGCGCCCCCGCCCGGCACGCCCUCUUCCAAACCAAAGGAGAAACAGAAGACCAAAGUAGUGGUGGCGUUAUAUCCGUUCAAAGCCAUCGAAAACGGCGACCUUUCGCUGGAGAAGGGCGCGGAGUACGAAGUGGUCGAUGACUCUCAGGAGCAUUGGUGGAAAGUUAAAGACGAACAUGGGUCCGUAGGUUACAUUCCUAGUAAUUACGUCAAAGAAAAAGAAACGAUAGGUUUACAGAAAUAUGAAUGGUACGUUGGUGAAAUGUCUCGGCAACAUGCUGAGUCAUUGCUCAAGCAGGAGGACAAAGAGGGAUGUUUCGUUGUACGGAACUCAUCAACAAAAGGAAUGUACACAUUGUCGCUAUAUACCAAAGUUAUCCACCCGCAGACGAAGCACUACCACAUAAAGCAGAAGGAGAGCGGCGAGUACUACUUGUCGGACAAGCACUGCUGCGCCAGCAUACCUGACCUCAUCAACUACCACAAGCACAACAGUGGAGGUCUCUGCUCGCGCCUCAAGACCACGCCCUGCGACCGGCCCCCCGCCACCGCAGGACUCUCACACGACAAAUGGGAGAUAGACCCCAACGAGCUGGUGCUGCACGAGGAGCUGGGCGCGGGUCAGUUCGGUGUGGUGCGGCGCGGGAAGCUGUUCGGUACGCGGGACGCCGCCGUCAAGAUGAUGAAGGAGGGCACCAUGUCUGAAGACGACUUCAUCGAGGAAGCUAAAGUUAUGACCAAGCUGCAGCACGACAACCUGGUGCAGCUGUACGGCGUGUGCUCGAAGCGGCGGCCCAUCUACAUAGUGACUGAGUACAUGUGCAACGGCUCGCUGUUCAACUACCUGCGCCGCGCCGCGCCCGACCAGCUCGGACCUGCGCUGCUGCUCGACAUGUGUCUGCAGGUUUGCAAAGGAAUGGCGUAUUUAGAAAGGCAUAACUAUAUUCAUAGAGAUUUAGCCGCAAGAAAUUGUUUAGUCGGUGAAGCUAACGUUGUCAAGGUAGCGGAUUUCGGACUGGCUAGAUAUGUAUUAGACGACCAGUACACGAGUUCUGGAGGCACCAAGUUCCCUAUAAAAUGGGCCCCACCUGAAGUACUCAAUUAUAUGAGAUUUUCAUCAAAAUCUGAUAUAUGGGCUUUCGGUGUUUUAAUGUGGGAGGUGUUCACGUGCGGCAAAGUGCCGUACGGGCGCAUGAAGAACAACGACGUCGUAGACAUGGUGCAGAAGGGACAAGUGCUCGAGAGGCCCAAAGGGUGCUUGAUUGAAAUUUAUAAUGUGAUGAGGGCGUGCUGGCGGCAGUCACCGGACGAGCGGCCAUCAUUCCGCGCCCUGAAGGAGGAGCUGAGCGCGAUGCUGCGCGACUGACUGCGCCUGCUGCUGUCGCUGCUGAGUCCCCUCGCCCCCGCC